UGGGCCCCUGUACCGCCCUCCUCAUGCUGCUGCCAGGCCCGUAAUCUGCCAUGGGCCCCCGUACCGACUCCUCAUGCUGCUGCCAGGCCCGUAAUCUGUCAUGGGCCCCUGUACCGCCUCCUCAUGCUGCUGCCAGGUCCAGAGUGUGUCAUGGGUCCCUGUACGGCCUCCCAUUGCUGCUGUCUCCAUCGCCACACUCUGCCAUGUGCCACUUUCAGGUCUCCUCACACUGCUGGUGGGUUCCAUUUUGUCAUAGGGUGCUGUAUGGCCUCCCAUUGCUGCUGCCUCCACCGCCACACUGUGGCUCCACACUCUGGUUUUGGCCCCGUGACUGCCCAAAUGAGUGAAGUGUGCGGUGAUUCUAAGAUCGACGGCACUCAUCUGCAUGUCAUACUGACUGACAGUAUUAUUUCUCUUCCCCAGCAGACUCCAAGGGCAUUUAAAUUAAAGGUACAGUGUUCUGCACUAAUAUAA